CUCUCUCUCUCUCUCUCUCUCUCCCUCUCCCUCUCUGUUCUUGAAUACAUCUCUCUUUCACAGAUACAUCUCUCUCUGUUUGGGAUAAUCAUUGUUCAUUAUCCACAAGUUUUAGGUUUUGGAUUGAGGUUUCAAUGGCUGCUGAGGACUCAGAUUGCUUUACCCAAUUUGUUUCGGAAACACUUGAGACAGAUUCACUUGGGGGUGAAGCAAAAAGUGUCGAAAUUGGACUCAGACAGAGCGAAGCUGAACUGGGUUCGGGGAAGAAGAUGAAGAUAAGGGCUGAAAUCGAGACGUCAGCGCCUUUCGAGUCUGUGAAGGAGGCAGCGAGUCGAUUCGGUGGAAUCGGUUUCUGGAAACCCAAUUCCCACAAGCCCUCUGAAUCUUCUGAGGUUGGGGAGCAAUAUGCUAAAGAAAAUGGAUUGCUUUUCUUUAAGACUUCUGCAAAAACUGCACAAAAUGUCAAUGAGCUUUUUUAUGAAAUAGCAAAGAGAUUGGCAAAAGCUUCCCCUUCAAGGCCAGCGGGAAUGAAACUGCUUAAUAGAUCACAAGAAGCAGGAAGAAGAGCAUUUUGUUGCUCCAGCUGAUACCUGAACUUGGCAAGAGAACGACUGUAAUCCGGGAACUAUUGAAAUUCAUUUUUUGCUGAUCCAAGUUGAAAACAUGCAACACUUUGUAGGAGCCGUGUCUUACCGAAUAUUUGUCGCAUGUAUGUUGUAUCUUGAAAUAGCUUUGUGACAAUUGAAUUAUUUUACAUGCUUAGUUAUGUGAGGGAAAUGAAUAUGGAACUCAAAAUGAAAAUCA